UAUCCUUCGUGCGCACUCACCUCUAGCCUUAGGUGGGGGAUGAACAAGCAUUGUCGUUCACGUUGUUCACCUCUACGGACACGCUUCUGAUAUUUCCGCGCCGCUUUUCGAACUAGGUCGCAGAUUCAUCUUCUUCACAGUGACAGUGCAGGAAAAAAGUGAGAAGGGAAACAAUGUGAAGAUGUGCGAGAGUGAUUUGCGAAUAGAGGACUUCAGCGACUUGCCGAAGAAGCCCUUCGUACGAGGAUCUGAUCCCCGGGUGGCAACAUGUCGAGGAAAACUCCAAAAUCGGCGCUCGAAGCUCAACCAGGAGAUCAACAAGGAGUUGAGGCUGAGAGCUGGAGCCGAGAAUUUAUUCAAAGCUACGACGAAUCGCAAGUUGAAGGAAACUGUGGCUUUGGAGCUCAGUUUCGUCAACUCCAACCUCCAGCUGCUGAAGGAGCAGCUGGCGGAGUUGAACUCGUCGGUGGAGCUGUACCAAAGCGACAGCACCGACGCUGUCAUGCCCAUGAUCCCCCUUGGCCUGAAAGAGACAAAAGAGAUCGACUUCCGGGACCCCUUCAAGGACUUCAUCCUGGAGCACUACAGCGAAGACGCCAACCAAUACGAAGAUGCCAUAGCCGACUUCAUGGACACGCGCCAGGCCAUAAGGACACCCUUGCGGGACACCACCGGCAUAUCCCUGCUGUUCCGCUACUACAACCAGUUGUAUUUCGUUGAGAGACGUUUUUUCCCGCCUGACAGAUCCCUCGGGAUCUACUUCGAGUGGUUCGAUUCGCUAACGGGAGUGCCAUCGUGUCAAAGGACUGUAGCUUUCGAAAAAGCGUGCGUUUUGUUCAAUAUGGGCGCGAUUUACACGCAAAUUGGUGCUAAACAGGACCGUUCCACGGCGAAGGGAUUGGAUGCAGCCGUUGAUAGUUUUCUAAGGGCUGCAGGGACGUUUCGAUACAUUCAUGAAAAUUUCACAAAUGCGCCGUCGAUGGACUUGGGCCCUGAAAUGCUGGAAAUGCUCGUGCAACUCAUGCUGGCCCAAGCCCGCGAAUGCCUCCUCGAAAAGCUCGACCUGCAGUCAAAAGAAAGCCGCUCGAUCGACAUCUGCCUCGACCUUGCCCAAGAAGCUGCCCAUCUGGCAGACUGCUACAGCCAGGUCUAUCAACUCAUAAUGACCGAAUCCGUCCACGACUACGUCCCCUACAGCUGGAUCUCUUUAGUCCAAGUAAAAAAGGAAUACUACACCGGCAUGGCCCAUUACCAUGUUGCUUCCGGCGUACUGCACAAAGAAGCGGCAAAAAUGUCACCCACCACCAAAACCACCCUACAGUUUUUACACGCGGAAACGGCCUCCACACAGCUCGACAUCAGGUUACCGAAAGACGACGCCGAACGAAGACUUUUAGGUCGCGCGCACUUGAGAGAGUCCCUAGUCCUGCACGAGGAGUGCCAGAGGUUGCACCGGAUGUGUCGCGAGCUGAGAGGGAAGCAGGCCCUUACAGCGGUCCUAAGAAAUGCCCACAAAACGGCCCUUCAGGCCUACACGAACAACGAGAAUGAGGACGACUUCAGCGAUGUUCUGGACCCGCCCCGGGUGCAAGCUGCGACCAAAUUCCAACUGGCUUUGACGCCCCCUGACUUCGCCCAGUACCGCGUCAACGACCUUUUCCGGGCUUUGGGCCCCAUUGCGAUUUUCUCGGCGAAAAGGCACUGGACGGCGCCCCGUCUCGUGCAACUACACCGUGGCCGAACCUCUGAAGGUUUCGGCUUUUCAGUCCGAGGAGACGCCCCCGUGAUUGUUGCAAUAGUUGAAUCAAAUUCACUUGCAGAGUUCGGCGGCGUCAAAGAGGGUGACUUCAUCGUGGCAAUUAGCGAUAAAGAUGUUAAAUGGUCCUCGCACGAUGAAGUCGUGGCGCUUAUCAAAAACGCCGGCGAUUCCUUAAGUCUCAAGCUGGUCACUCCGAUGGACAGGAAUUAUCUUAAAGUUGGUCCGACAAAGUCGACAAAAGGGUCCAUUUCCACGCAUAGUAGUAGUUCGGGGGUUUCUAGCGGGAUGUCUAGUCCGUCGGGGUCCAUGGCACAGCACAAAAAUAAUAAAAGGUUGGGGUGGAUUCCGUUUAAACGGCAUUCCUCGUCAAGGGAGGGCAAAGAUUUUUUCGAGAAUGUUAUUUUGAGAUGAAUUAUUGUGUAGUUAUAUCGACUUUAUGUCACUGUACUGAUACGAGAUUUAUUUAUUUUUUUAUCGUAACUACGGUUAAGUAAAAUGAAUGAUUGAGAUGUCGUAAUGUGUACAUUAACAUUCUUAAACAUUAUUAUUUAUAGUCGGUACUGUACAACACAAUUUUUAUUAUUUAUGUAUUAGAGAUUUAUAUUGUUAUUUGUUUGUACAUUGUAUUUAUGAAUGAUGUCUACGAUAGAACCCAAAUAAAAACUAUAUUCAA